AUGAAGCCCGUCAUCGCCAUCCCUGCGACUCUGCUGUUGGUGUAUCGCGCAUACGUCAAGAACUCGCUCACGCCAGCUGGCAUCAUUGCUGCUGUGCUUACCGCAAUUGCCCAUGCAAUACAUCCAUGGAAUUUGCCAUUCGUCCUCUUGGUCGUCUUCUUCCUGGCUGGGACGCGGGCGACGCGUGUAAAAGAGCAUGUCAAGACCACUCUCACCGUGAAGGCAGGCGGCUCCUCAGGCGGUGAAGGCCCGCGUACACAUGUGCAGGUCUUCGCCAAUUCUCUGACAGCAUCUAUGCUCUCAGUCCUUCACGCUUACCAGCUUCGCUCCCGACAGCAAACUCUGCUUACCGACCCAACAGGUACCGGUAGCCUUUGCUUCUCUUGGGGCGGAGAUCUCCUCGUGGUUGGCAUUAUUGCCAACUACGCCUGUGUUGCCGCUGACACGUUCAGUUCUGAGUUGGGCAUCCUCGCUCGGAGUCAGCCGCGGUUAAUAACGAGCCUUACUCUGCGCAAGGUGCCACGGGGUACAAAUGGGGGUGUAACUCUCGAGGGCCUGGCAGCUGGUCUGCUUGGUAGUGUCAUCAUCGUCACGUCCGCUAUGCUCUUUCUGCCGUUUUGCACCAAAGCGACGGAAGGCAAGCUGGGAGGAGGGCCUGCAUGGACUCUGGAGCAAAGAAGGCUGCUGAUGGGAGGUUUGGCUCUCUGGGGAUUGCUCGGAAGUUUGGUGGAUAGCAUCUUGGGUGGCCUGUUCCAGCGUAGUGUGAGGGAUGUGAGAAGUGGAAAGAUUGUGGAAGGCGAGGGCGGCGAGCGUGUCCUCAUAUCUGCGCCGGUGCCGGAGAAGAGGACCGAUGUUGGUGCUGGGAUCAAGGCUGCCCUGCUACAUGGAGAGGGUGAGGCUGCGGUUGAGAAGACGGACGCAGUGGGGACGGGUCAAAGUGGUGCUGAUUUAAGCCGCUAUGAUCCCCAAAACAAGCAGCGCAGACCGAGCUUUGGAGACGAAAGACCAUCGAGAGUAGUGGAAAACGGUUGGGAUCUGCUUGACAACAACGACGUCAACUUUUUGAUGUCGUUCGGCAUGAGCAUCGGUGCCAUGGCUCUCACUGAACGCGCACAAGGAGUGGCUCGGAACAACUUCUGGCCAAGGGAAUCAGCAAGGGAGCCGCCAGGAGUCGCUAGAAUCUGGGAGUCAAGUCAGGUGGAGAGAAGCCGGUGCUGGGCGCUGUGGCCCCACGGCAAUCCACCACUUCCCAAGAACCCCGCCAUCGCUACGACCACAACCAUCACCAAUUACUCGUGUCCCGCAAACCCCUCGAAAUCCUCAAACCCCUUCAACCACUUCAACCACUCCGCAAUGGCUUCGGCCGACCGCAGCGCCGCCCCGUCUAGCGGCGACAGCGCUGGCGGCAGUCAGAAUCGCCAACAAUCGUCGCAUCGCGCAGACCGUAGUAGCGAAUCGCGACUGAGCCAGUACCAGAUCAUCAAGACUCUGGGCGAAGGCAGCUUCGGCAAGGUGAAGCUGGCCAUUCACAAGGGAACCGGCCAGAAGGUCGCCCUCAAGAUCAUCUCCCGCAAGAACUUGCAGACGCGCGACAUGAAGGGACGCGUUGAGCGGGAGAUCGAGUACCUGCAGCUGCUGCGCCAUCCGCACAUCAUCAAGCUGUAUACCGUAAUCAAGACGCCCGCCGAGAUCAUCAUGGUUCUCGAGUUUGCCGGCGGCGAGCUCUUCGACUACAUCGUUCAGCACGGCCGCAUGCACGAGGAUGAGGCCCGUCGCUUCUUCCAACAGAUGCUAUGCGCUGUCGAGUACUGCCAUCGCCACAAGAUCGUCCACCGCGAUCUCAAGCCCGAGAAUCUGCUGCUUGACGACAACCUCAAUGUCAAGAUUGCCGAUUUCGGCCUGAGCAACAUCAUGACCGACGGUAACUUCUUGAAAACCAGCUGCGGCUCGCCCAACUACGCGGCUCCCGAGGUCAUUAAUGGCAAGUUGUACGCCGGGCCCGAGGUCGAUGUGUGGAGCUGCGGUGUGAUCUUGUAUGUCUUGCUUGUUGGUCGCCUGCCCUUCGACCACGAGCACAUCCCGACUCUAUUCGCCAAAAUCGCACGGGGAAGCUAUAUGGUUCCCACGUGGAUGAGCCCCGGCGCGGCUGGCUUGAUCAAGAAGAUGCUCGUUGUCAACCCAGUGCAACGCGCAACCAUCGACGAAAUUCGCCAGGACCCGUGGUUCCUCAAGGACCUCCCCGCCUACCUUCACCCGCCCGUCGAGGAAUUUUACCACACAGGCAUCGACCCCAACAAAGCCAUUCGACCCAGCGACAUUGCCCCGCACAUUUCGCCUCAGGAACAGCAAAAACUGCACGAGGAGGUGACAGAAAAGAUUAGCAAAACCAUGGGCUACGGCAAGCAGGAUAUUGAAGAGGCCCUCGAGUCGGACGAGCCAUCGGCUAUCAAGGAUGCUUACAUGAUUGUGCGGGAGAACAAGCUCAUGGAGCAUAGCAAACUCACUGGCCUUACUCCCGCCGAUGAUCCUUCUCACUCCUCCCGGUCGGUCACGAGCACAACCGCACCACGCCUUCCCUACGUCAGUAAGGUUGGCAUUUUGCCCAGCAGCCUUACCGUGUAUCAUAAGGUUUUCAUGGAACGCGAGCGGGCAAAGGCAGAAGGAUUGGAACUCGACACCGCACCGAUCGCGCCUGAACCGGCGCCCCAACCACGCAGCCAAGCUGAGCAGGAGGAAUCGCUGCGUCGACUCAAGCCCCAUUCGCGAAGCUAUGCGCGUCUCGACGACGCCAGUCGCCCACAGGGUCUCACGCCGGCAAAUCCGCCCAAGAAGAACAAGCCAGUACGUUGGCAGUUCGGCAUCCGUAGUCGGAACGCCCCGUGGGAAGCCUUGGUGUGUAUUUAUAAAGCUCUGUACAAGCUCGGAGCCACAUGGUUGGUGGAUGAGGAUUAUGAUUUUGUACAUGGCAAUAGAGAUGAGGAUGAGGAUGAUUACGACUCGGAAGAAGGCGGUUAUAGCAUGCGAAGACAUGGCAGGCAUCGCGGCUCAUCGAGCGCCGACAGGGAACAGGGGUUUUACAAGUUACCUGCUGAUCCCUGGAACAUCAAAGUGCGCUGGACUACGGACAAGCUCCAGAAACACUCCGUUGCCUCGGGCCUCAGCGACGGCCAGGAAGCCAACGAAUUUCAGAUUGUCGCGAUGCGUAUGGACAUCCAGAUCUACGAAAUGGAGUCUGGAGUUUACCUUGUCGACUUCAAGGUCGACGGUUAUGAGACGCCCGAUGGCAAACUGCUUGAGGAGAAGGAUGUUACCAGCCCGUUCCCAUUCCUCGACAUGGCAGCGCGGCUGAUUAUGCAGCUUGCAGAUGCUGAUUAG